CUCCAUUAAUGGUGCGAAUAUAUAUAUAUAUAUAUGUCAGAUCUUAUGCAUUGCAUAAGAAGUGGCUUCUCAGCAGCUCGUGUCUACAAAUCGCCCCACUGUGACUGUUUUCAAAUUCUUCCCUUCCUUGUAGCGGGGUGAUGGAACAAAAGUUGGAUGCCCAAGGGAGGAAUAUGGAUGUCAUGGCACAAGGCAACGCGGGGCGCGUUACCGGCUCCUACAUGAAGAGCUUCUCGCUCAAGGCGGCCAUUGAGCUUGGGAUAGCAGACAUCAUCCACAGGCAUGGCCGGCCACUCACUGCUUCUCAAUUGGCGGCCAAGAUCCCAAUCAGCUCCACGGUUGACGUUUCGUGCCUCGAUCGCCUGAUGCGCUUUCUAGUGUACACCGGUGUGUUCGCCCAAGUGCGAAAACCGGCCGGUGAAGGAGCUGAAGAGGUUUCGUAUGGAUUGACACCAGUGUCGAGCCUGCUGGUAAGGGAUAACCCACAUUGUUUUAUACCACUUGCCAUGCUGAGUCUCCAUCCGCUGGCGGUCGCUGCAUGGGACAACUUGGGCGCUUGGUUCCGAUCGGAGGAGGGUUGCCCUACAGCCUUUGAGGCCAAGCAUGGGGAGCCAUUCUGGAUCAAGGCGAGCACUGAUGCUGCGAUAAACAAGGUAUUCAAUGACGCCAUGUCCUCUACUUCUAAUCUGUCUGCAGGUAGGAUGAUUGCAGGGUGCAGUGAAGUUUUUGAGGGUGUGAGAUCACUCGUGGAUGUUGGGGGUGGAAUUGGGACCCUGACUUCGGUCAUAGCCAAUGCCUUCCCACACAUCAAAUGCAUGGUUUUGGACUUACCUCAUGUUGUCGCUUCAUCACCACUGCAACUACCUAACGUUGUCGCCAUUGGAGGUGAUAUGUUCGAGUCUGUUCCACCAGCAGAUGCAGUCCUUCUCAAGGAAAUUUUGCAUGAUUGGGAUGAUAAAAUGUGCAUCAAGAUACUGGCACGGUGCAAGGAAGCCAUUCCGAAACGAGGAGGGAAGGUGAUCGUUGUGGACGUAGUGAGGAAGAAAUGUGCUGAUCAAGUAUUUGAUGAAGUGCAACUGAUGCUUGAUCUCCAUAUGAUGGUAAUGCACAAUGGCAAGGAACGCAGUGAAGAGGAAUGGAACAAGUUGUUUACGGAUGCUGGCUUCUCCGGCUAUAAAAUAGUUACCAGCUUGGGGGCGCACGCUGUCAUAGAGGUCUUCCCUUAGUUGGGAGCAUAGAUCAGCUCACUAAGUGUGGUUGCUUGUUAAUGUGAAGCACUUCCCGGACCACAUCUCCAGGUGCAUGUUGCGAAGAACACUAGGAGACUGAUCUCAAUUUCAUCGUUGCUGGAGCGCCAACUUGAAUUAGCUAUUCGAGUGUGUUAUCGUACUACAAUAAAAUAAGUAUUGAGUGUUUGCCAUAUGAUCUCCAGGGGCAUAUCGUAACUCUUUGAGCGUUAUUGCCAAAGAAUUGUCUGAAAAAAUCUGCAUAAAAAUUAAUAAUAAUAAGAAGUGUUUUGAAAAAAA